AUGAAAUAUUUAAUCGUCUUUGCUCACCCAGAACCUAAAUCCUUCAACGGCUCUUUAUUAGAUGUCGCUGUCAAACAUUUAGAAUCUCAAGGCCAUGAAGUUAAGGUUUCUGAUCUAUACAGAAUGAACUUCAAACCAACAAUUGACGCCGAUGAUUUCUUAAACCAUGAUAAAAAUGAAAGAUUACAAGUUGCUGGUGCAUCUGCUGAAGCUUUCGUAGCUAACCAAUUAACUGCUGAUGUCGUCGCUGAACAUGAAAAGCUUAUGUGGGCCGACAACGUUAUUUUCCAAUUCCCUCUAUGGUGGUUCUCUAUGCCAGCCAUUUUAAAGGGUUGGAUUGACAGAGUAUACUCCUGUGGUUUCGCCUACGGUGUUGGUGAACAUAGCGAAACUCGUUGGGGUGACAGAUACGGUGAAGGUUCCUUCGAAGGUAAGCGCGCUAUGCUAUUAGUCACUGUCGGUGGCUGGCCAACUCAUUAUUCUGCUAGAGGUAUCAACGGUCCAAUCGAUGACAUUUUAUUCCAUAUCAAUCACGGUAACUUAUGCUACCCUGGUUUCACUGUCCUUCCACAAAUGGUCGUCUACAGAACCGACAAGGCUGAUGACGCCAAAUUCAAAGAAUCUUCCGAAGAAUUAAAGCAAAGAUUAGACACUUUCCAAACCACAAAGCCCAUUGCAUACAGAAGACAAAAUUUUGGUGAUUACACCAUUCCUCAAAUGGAAUUAAAAGAAGGUUUAGAACAACCAGGUGAAACCGGUUUUGCUAUUCAUGUGAAAAAAGAUUAA